AUGCCCAAUUCCUCUCAAGGAGAUGGUUCUCUACCACCUAAUCACUUAUUCGAAAGCAACAUGCACCAACCACACGGGGAGGACACUCUCAGCAAUACGUUAGGUAUCCCCACAGCGACAGUCAUAAAUCAGGUCACAGUUCAAGACCAGUCGCCACUCAUUACACCACCUCCAGAUCUUCGUCGACGAGAUCCGGUACCUCAAGAUAAUAACUGCCAGCAAGCUGAACAGAGUGCGAGUCAGGCCGUCCGGGAAGCCUCCCAAUCUGCCUCCCAAUCCAUACAGCAAGCUCAGCAAUCAGUUUCUCAAGCUUCGCGUGAAGCCGGGCAAUCAGCUUCCGACGCGAUACGACAAGCGCAACAGAGCGCUUCCCAAUCUAUUGCGGCUGCUUCUAGAGAUGCGUCACAAUCCGUGUCUUCAGCAAACUCCGUCGUAGCUAGUGUCCAGUCCUCUGCAUCAGCAGCCAUUUCUCGCGCAAAUGGGUCUGCAAUCACAGCACAGGCUAGUGCGUCGUCUGUACAGGCCGAAGCUUCGAGUGCAAUACUUCAAGCUGGGGCUGCAGUAGCAGCGGCAACUGGCUCUGCGGCCUCUGCUGGACAAUCAUUUCUUUCCGCUGCAGCAGCGGCUACCCUAGGCGCACAAGCUUCUCUGGCAGUUAUUGGAGCAGCAGCAUCAUCUUCAGCUUCCGAAGCGUCCGCUCAAGUAUCGGCGUCACAGUCGGCAGCAGUGACUGCUACCCAAGCAGCAUUAGCAAUUGUUGGCAGCAUUAUCGCCUCUACAUUAAUAACGAUCCUGAUCUACUUCCUCAUAAUACGACAUAAGAAAUUAGUAAAACGCCGGUCACGAGAUGAGAAUAAAUCACUCUCCCCUCGAUUUCCCUCAGAUCCUAAAUUCCCUACUUCAGCUGAGAUUGCAACUACUGCCGCCCCUUCACAAUCAGCUUAUAACGUGACGAGAAAGAGUCAGAGAAUUAACUCCGAAGCGUCGCUGUCUGAUUUCCCUAAUACUCCUAGAAGAGGGGAUGUUAAGACUACAUCUCUAGCCUGGAACCCAACGCAGCCCCCGAAGCCUCCUACUCUAGGAUCCUGGCUGAGAGUGCAAGAUGGCGUGUCCCCAUUUGGCUCCAUCAAGCUUCCUACCGACAGCGAGUCCAAGUCACCUCUAGGCGGGCAGAUCAAAUCUCCAUUACGCAGUUUUGAUCCACCGCAAAGUCCAAAACAAGAACGAAGCACACUUUUCAACAACCCUAAUCCCAAUAUCUCCCAGAGCGGUACCAUACCCGCAGCCAAACAACUGAUAAAAAGCUUUUUAACACGAAAGCCUCUCAGUCCAGAAAACUCAGAUUCCAUACCAAAACAGCCACCUCCAGAGAAUCCUACCAGAUAUCGCGAAUCAACUGCCAGUGUUUGGACAGACGAAAUACCUAACCAGACUCCCUCCCCACCUCUGCGCACCCCACCUCCGGAAUUACGCACCGCAACCGUCGCCCAAGGCUACAACAUGCAACUCCCCGCUUCACGAAAUCCCGUCCGCACAACGGCGGAAUGGCUCGAAUCGAUACAAGAAGCCUCCGCUAGCAAUCAAACCCAACGCAACUCCAUCGUUUCUCGAAGCUCAAGAGGUGCAUUCGGCCUCCCCCGCAAUCCCAAACCCGGACUCCAGAGUAGAUUUAGCUCGAAUCAAGGAAAGGCUCGGAGUAUAGAGUGGGAAAUUGGGUUUGUGCAGGGAUUGGAUCGGUUUUUACCUGGGGAUAGGACGAGUAGGAUUGGGAGUGAUAAUAGCACGCCUGGGGGUUCGAGGAGGAAGAGUAAUGUAACGAGAAUUGAGGUCGAUAGGACUUCGAUUGGUACGCCGGGGGUAGGGAGGGCGAUGUGA